AAAUAUAUGAGAUUUUAAAUGUAAUUUUAAAUGUAAAUUUUAAAUCAAUGGCUUAUCACAAGUACGUCGUAUUUAGCGUGAUACAAGUUUCCUUCCUGGAAGCUAAUAAUAUCGUUAUACACCUUUAAUCCAUCGUUUUUUUUUUUAUUCAGGGACGCGCAUAUUAGCCACGCUUAGCCGGUUCGUCGAUCGAUCAAGGGUACAACGAUAACCUCGCCGACGUGCGAUCGCUAUGUGCCACCGAUGAAAAAACUGAAGGUAAAGUUGGAAAGCAGUGAAACGUUAGGGACAUUAACGAGGCAUCAACAGGCGGUCGGGAUGGCGGGUGGAUUGAACGCGAAUGCGACCGAUAACACCGAUUCUGCUAAUCGGAUUUGUCGAGACUUUCUGAGAAAUGUCUGUCACCGUGGGAAGCGUUGCAAAUAUCUUCAUGAACGUUCCGAGGACGAUCCCGUGGAGGAAUAUACUUUCUGCCAUGACUUCCAGAAUGGCAAGUGUAAUUGGCCGGGCUGCAAAUUCUUGCAUUGUACGGAGAGCGAGGAGAAACGUUUCAGGGCAACCGGCGAAUUGCCAUCUCACGUCCUCAAUCGAUCCAAGAUCUGCAACAACGACAAGUCGGAUCCGUUUUGCAAGGAUUUUCUGAAGGGCAAUUGCCAAAGAGUGAAUUGCAAGUUCAGGCAUAUGAAGAAGGAGGAACCACAGCAUAAUCUAAUGUCGCCGUCGCUUCUUAACGCAUCCAGGCCGCAACACAACUUCAACGGCACCAGCAACGGCGGUGGUGUCGGUGGCGAUGGACGCAGAUACGAAGAGGAUAGAAACUUUCACUGGCAACUACAGGAUCAUCAUAACAAUUUAGUCGCUAACAAUGGCGGUUACAACACAUCGCAUCCAGCUGAUUACAUCGGGCCGCCGGAACCGAAGAGGCGAUUAGUAUCGGGCGAAACGGUCGUACACUUCGAAGCUUCUCCAAUCGUAGGUCAGCAGCAUGCGACUCAACCAACGGUCACGCCAAAUUAUUAUUAUCCCGUAAUACCGCGUAACGAAGCACGAGCCAUUGUACUGGAGGAUGAGAAUGCACUGCUGAGAAAGAAGAUAGAAGAAUUAAAGAAACAGGUCAGCGAUUUGACGGCGACGAACGAGUUUCUAUUGGAUCAAAAUGCCCAAUUGAGGAUGUCGGGCAAACGAACUGCGAACGUAACAGCCGUAACGGUUCCGGCAGUAACGAUUACGAAUACAGUUCCGCCGUCGCAAGCUCCGACACCCCAACAAAUGGUGAACGCAGCCGUGGCGGCGGGUACCCUCCGAACAGUCACCGCCAGCGUCGCUACCGUUCCUGUGAGCAUCGCAACCGUAGCACCCGUCUCUAUCGCGGCAGUUUCUAUGGCACCAGUUUCGAUACCACCGCCGAUCGUCACCAUGGCUCAACAAACUAUUUCGAUGAGCGGCUCCGGGCCUCCUCAGGCAACUAAUCAGCAACCACCGAACACUCAACAACCCGCCAGUUUACCCUUGUCGAUAUCUGGCGCGACCGCACCUCUCGUCUCUUAUCCUAUUAUGACGCAAGAACUUAGGCCUGUUUUGCAAUAAAUGCGUCAUGAGAAUAGGAAAAAUGUUAUCUCUGAUAGAGGAUAUCUACAUAUAUACUACCUACUCGGCUACGUAGGCGAAUCAAGGAUUAUAAUGUGCAUUCAUCUUCCUCUAUGUGAAAUUGUACUUCUCUUACAAGUACACUUGAAAGUACACACAGAAAAUAGAAACCUGUGGCUGUGGGAUGAUGCAGUGUAUCACCGUAGUAAAUAGAUACAAUUGUAUCAAUGAUGGAAUAUUCAUCAUCGCUCUAAAUCCUUUUUUAUAUUCUAUUCAUUUGU